GGAGGGAGGAGUUCGAGUUUCGAGAUGAGGUACAAAUAUAUCGGUACGAUAGGCGCGUUCCUGAUCGCGACCACGUGCCUUUUGUCGGGGUUGAUGUAUUAUUUCAGCCAAGAUACUUGUCCAAUGGGAACGUUCCUUUGUCAGAACACCACUAUAUGCUUACCCCAGAGAAAUUGGUGCGACCAAGAAAUCCAAUGUCCAUACGGAGAUGACGAGCAAAAUUGCUAUGAUUAUCACGGGGUAUUGGACUGGUUUGGCAGUGACAGAGAUUCCAAAGCUGUGAAGGAGUUCGUUUGUGAUUCCACCGACGUUCCUGUCAGUUGUAAGUACGUGAUGUGCCGUGCAACGUGUCAAGGAUACUCGGAUAUUCCACGAAACUUAUCUUCUCAAACUACUUCCAUAACUUUGUACGAUAGCUCGAUCGAACGUGUCUCGGCGGGUGCAUUCGCACAAUAUUCCGAGAUUCGUAUACUGUAUCUUGAUGGCAGUAAUAUACGUGAGCUAGAGAAAGGAGCUUUCGCCAAUUUAACCAAAUUGUUCUGGCUAGCUUUGGAUAAUAACGAGAUUGGUGAAUUUCUACCUGGACAUUUUACCGGUUUGAUUAAAUUGGAAUCUUUGAAGGCCAAUAAGAAUCGGCUCACUAUGGCGGAUUUCUCAGACUUGAAAGGGAGCGUUUAUUUGAAACUGAUAAAUUUGAACGAAAAUCAAUUGACUUCGAAAGGAUUACGAUUGUCGGAAUUGCCAGAGCUUAGCGAGAUAUUCUUGGAUGAAAAUAAUUUCGAAUCAAUUCCUUUGUUCGAUGGAUGUCCCUCGUUAAAAUCCCUAAGUAUGCAAAGGAACAAGAUAAAGGGGAUCGAGGAGGACACGUUUCAAAAUUUGGAGCAGCUGGUCGAACUUAAUUUGGCGUUCAACGAAAUAACGACCCUCCCGCUCAAUGUAUUCCAACCGUUAAAAAAUCUGACGAGCCUACAAUUAGGUUAUAAUCAUUUACAUAAUUUACCGAUAACCGUUUUGAGCCCGUUGACGAGACUUCGCUCUCUAGACUUGGAGGGUAUAAAUUUGGAUUCGUUGGAGAAAGAUACGUUCAACGUGUUCGAGAUGUUGGACUUCAUAUACUUCAAGAAGUUUCAUUAUUGUGCUACGUACACACCUAACGUAAAACGAUGUCGACCCACCAGCGACGGCGUAUCGUCGUUAUCUCACUUGCUCGAUAAAACUUUGUUACGAGCAGCAGUAUGGAUAAUUUCUGGUGUCACCUGUGUGGGCAAUGUGCUUGUAUUAUGGGGAAGAUUCACGGCCAAAGACGAGAACCGAGUAUUAACCAUCAUUAUUCGGAAUUUAGCAGUCUCCGAUAUGUUGAUGGGAUUGUACCUAUUCAUAGUCGCUCUUACGGACAUAAUAUUCCGCGAUAAUUACUACCAAACUGCCAGCACGUGGAUGUCCUCCUGGUUUUGCACUUUCUUAGGAAUUUUGGCAAUGACGUCUUUAGAGGUUUCUGUAUUGAUCCUGUCGUUCAUGUCUAUGGAACGAUACGUGCUAAUCGCGGCACCACUGAAAGGUCACCGUACCAUGACACCCCAGACAGCAUCUACAUCGGUGAUCAUCAUUUGGAUCAUAGGAAUUACACUCGCUCUCGCGCCAGUGAUCAUCUGGCGAAGCAGCACGAGAUUUUACGGAGUGAACGGAAUGUGCUUCCCUCUGCACAUCGACGAUCCGUUCCUGAUCGGAUGGGAAUAUUCGGCCUUCAUCUUUCUAGGAAUAAAUCUUAUGGGGCUGAUCACGAUCGGUUUCGCUUACUUCGGCAUGUUCCUGAGCAUUUGGAAAACGAGACACGCCUGUUCCUUGUCUGUCGGCGAUUCUGAAUUCGCCCUGCGAUUUUUUCUGAUCGUUUUAACGGAUGCGGCCUGCUGGGCACCGAUCAUCGUUCUGAAGAUUAGAGCUUUGUUGAAGUAUCCCAUUCCAGCCGAUCUUCACGCAUGGGUGGUAAUUUUUAUAUUACCCGUGAAUAGCGCGGUUAACCCGUUGUUGUACACGUUUACCACUCCGAAGUUUCGAGAGAAAUUGCACGAUGAAUGGCUUAGAAAAAUGCAUAAUUGCGUGACGCGAAAAUCCUCCCAAGAUUCGCGGGUAUCCACGACGAUAAACAAGAAGAAUACAACGUUGUGUUUGAACAACGGAAUUAAUAAUAAUUACGACAAUAAUAAAAUUCCAUCGUUGUUUCAAUUUAAUAAGGAGAAAAUUGUGUCUGUGAAAUGCGAUCACGUUCUAUGAACUUGUAUUAUAUUACGAUUCAUAAUUAUUCUUAGAAUUUUACGAGAGAGAAAAAUUGAUAUCAAAAUUAAUCGUAAUGCUUAUUAAGUGAUCGAUUGACAAAUUCCAAUUAAAGCUUGAUGAUAAUAAUAAUUUUAUAAAGAAUUAUACAACUAUUCAUGAAUAUUCAACAAGAAGCUGUUGCAUAUAAAAUAAAACAUGGUUUCUGGAAAAUUAUACGAGAGGAAAAAGAAUUAUUAUUGCUGUGCAUCGACAAGAAAAAGAAAUGAUUUAACAUUGUAUUAAAAAAUGUUCAAGCAAGUAACAAGUUAAUAAACCUAUCCUGAACGA